UUUCCUAUAUAUGAUGCCAAUAUUACUGGGUCCGGCAGAUAACAUGCAUGUACUCCUAAGUCCUAAUCGAAUCUGACGUUGUAAUGGGCCACAGACAUAAACGCACACAGAAGACUACAUAUUUAAGAUACACCGCAUUGUACUCUGAGUUAAGGCUGCACUUCUCACAGGCCUAGCUGCUGGCUGGUGACGUUGCCAGCAAAUUUUAAGCAGCGGCCAGCGUGAGGAGCAUGGCAGAUGAAACUUUUGCUGGUCGGGAGGUGCCACAAGAUGAGUCGAUAUCCAUCAACAUACUUGUUGCUGCAAACAUCUCGGCUCAUCCGCAUCAACUUCCCCAAUCAGAGAAUGAAACUGUGGAUAAUCAAUCCUUGUCAGAGUUGGAAAUUGAAAAAGUUGAUGGUGCGCACAGCUCUCGGGAGUCGGCCUCGGGGACAAACAUUUCUGAUUGUCUAUAUUUACAUAGCCCCUACGGGAGAAAGGAAAAAGUUGAGUACCUUCGUAAAGGUCGGCCGCUUUAUGAAGCUGCAAGGAAUGGAAAUUGGGAAGUAGCUGAAAAAAUCUUCAUAGAAUACCCAGCUGCUAAGCGUGCUUAUAUUACUGAAGGAUGGGAAACUCCACUUCACAUCUCUGCUAUAGCAAAUCAGCUUACGUUUGUUGUUGAGUUACUGAAGAAAUUGGAUAAGGAAGAUUUGGCUAUCACAAAUAAGAGAGGUAACACUGCCCUCUGUCUAGCUGCAGUCGGGGGGAAUGUCGACAUAGCCCAUGCGAUUAUCGGAAAAUACAUUGGAGUGGGGGAGAGGCAUGAAAUUGGAGAACACCUUGAACCGGCAAUGAUUCGUGGCCCUGAGGGAAUUUUACCAGUCCGGAUGGCUGCCAAGUUAGGAAAUGAAGCCAUGGUAGAAGAACUACGUGAGCGAUCGAGCAGCAGCCUUUUGUGGACAGAAAGCGAAGGUGCUGAGUUGAUGAAGGACUUGGUUGCGUCUGAUUUAUAUGAGAGUGCCGGGAAGAUGAACCUGCAACUAGCUAUUUCUGAUAAAGAAGUACUUCUCUUGCUGGCUACAAAGCAUAUGGCAGAGAGAAGUAAAAGGGGAAGAUUUAAAAACCUUUUCAGUUGGGGCAGGAAGAAAGCAGAGUUACUGCAAGUUCAAGCACUAAAACUGUUAGACGACAUUUUGGAAUGUGCUUUCAAGGAAAAUGACUUGAAUAUUGCAAACAUAGUUGAUACAGCACCCCUGCUUUUAUUUGAUGCAGCUAAACGAGGCAACUUUCAUUUAUUCAAGCGGUUAAUUUGCUAUUACCCUGAACUUGUGUGGAAGAUUAACCAACAUGGUGUGAGCAUGUUCCAUCUUGCUGUUCAGUAUCGCCAUGAAAUCAUCUUUUCUUUACUUUAUAACAUGGAUGAAGUCCGGAAGUUAGUUACUCUUUAUAAAGAUAAAGAUGGUAACACUAUGCUUCAUUUAGCAGCAACUUUGGCACCAAAGGAUAAGCUCGAUACUGUAACUGGAGCAGCUUUUCAAAUGCAGCAAGCAAUAUGUUGGUACAAGGCCGUGGAAAAAAUAGUUCCGGCUGCAUACAGAAACAUGCGAAAUUGCAAUGGUAGGACAUCAGCGGAUAUCUUUGAUGAGGAGCACAAAAAAUUAUUAAAGGAGGGUGAGAAGUGGAUGAAGGAUACUGCGAAAUCUUGCAUGGUGGUUGCAGCUCUCACUGCCACUGUGAUGUUUUCAUCUGCCUUCACAGUACCUGGGGAUUAUGACAAUGAAGGGCAUCCCAAUUUGUUAAACAGGGCAAGUUUCGACUUCUUAACCGUAUCACAAGUCAUUGGUAUGCUCUCCUCCUCGACCUCAAUCCUAAUGUUCUUAUCUAUCCUCACAUCACGUUUCAACAAAUAUGCAUUUCAACACUCUUUACCCUGGAAAUUGAUGCUUGGACUUGUGGCAUUGUUCGUCUCAAUAGCAUCCAUGCUCAUGGCCUUUUGCCUUGCUAUCCACCUAACGUAUGGCCAUGCGUGGCUUCUUUGGUUCCUCCUUUUGUUAGCUUGUGUACCAGUAAUGUUUAUAUGUCUGAAGUUUCGCCUUUUGGCUGAUAUAAUCCGUUCAACUUGGGUCACGAGUUCCAUGUUCAAAUCAACCAGACUCUCGGACUACUAAAUCUGCAGCACAUUCAAUGUCACCGCACCUUUCUGGAGAUCUUUAUGAAUGUUUAUAUGUCUCGCAUUUCAUGUUCAAAUCAACCAGACUCUCGGACUAGUAAAUCAAGCAAGGUCUUGAACCAGUAAUUCCGCAGCACUUCCAAUUUCAGCGUGCCUUUCGGACAUAGUUAUGAAUUUGAUCUAUGAUGUUUAAUAAUUACAGAGGAUCAUUAUGUAUGAUUGCAGAACUUUAUGCCUCUCAUGGCAAUUUAUUUAGAGGUGCUAUGUUGCCUAGUGUGUAAUAUCUAUCGAGCUGUCUAUGCAAAAAUAAACUCAAUAUGGUAUGUUGUGACGAACCAAGUAUCAUCUAUGACUUUCUUUCUUGUUUCAAAAAAAAUAAAAAAAUCUAUGACUUUCUUUCCA